AUGGAUAUGCAAGGUCGAAGAGGGUCGCCGAUUGAUGAGGCGAUGCUCGUUCAACCUCUGCUGACCACAUCUCAACUUCGACUUCGCAACUCCAGCGCCGGAGUCCCAGCUUCACCUCAAGCUGCUGCACCCGUUUCACCCGUUUCACCCGCCAAAGUCGGCAUUGCAAAUGUCCCGGAGCUGCUGCGGCGGCAAUCAGAGGUUUCUGAUUUAUUCGAGGACCUGAGCACAGCCCAUCGCGAGCUCGAGGGAUAUCUCAACCGCCCCUCAGUCGAGCUCAACUUGGUGGACAAAGCCAGAGCCAAGGCCAGAGCCAGAGUCAAGGCCCACGAAGAGGCACAAGCACAAGCACAAGCACAAGCACAACUGCACACGGCAUCACACCACCAACGCCUCGUGUUGGACCACCACUACGCCUUCGACAAAGCCGACUGCGAUUACAAUUUAGACGCGGCCUCGCAGUACGACGACGCCGCCUACUCUUCCUCCUCAACACCAAUCUCUCCCGUCUCUCCCAUCUCCGUCUCUGACGUGUCCGCCCUCGACAGCAGCUCGUCCUCACAGUCACCGUCACACUCACACUCGCCGCACUCGCAGGUCAGCAGCUAUGACGACGAGGACAUGUUCGCAGCCAUCGACCUCGACACCGCAACAGCCCUCAUGGAGACCCAACUCUUGCCCACGAGAACAAUGUCUCAUGCUUCGUCCUCCUCGCCCUCACCGUCUCCCGCACCGUCAUCGUCUGCCUCUCCCUCAUCCGUACCCUCGGCCAGCUCAAACGCCAACAAUGCUGCUGCCACCGGCUCCAGGCUGCAACCAAACAACAAUAAGAAUGGCGGCGUCCAACAGCAGCAGCAGCUGGAAAACCUAUUAUUAUCGACCCUGAGAGUGGCCAAGGUAUGUCUCGUGCGUCCCCGCGCGGGGCCAUUCGAGGGACAAUUUGUCGCACUGAUCACCACCACAUCCGUGCACACGCCAAACAAUGAGCUCAUCACCUUGGUUCCGGAAAAUGAACGCGAGGUCGCCCAAAAGCAGAUUCACACCCUCAAGACGGCCGUCGCAGAAUGGGGCUCCGAUACGCGCCGCCCCGAUGUUUGGGUGUUGCUGCAGUCCAUGGCUAUGAAUGCCCAUGGUGAGCCUGACGCCAGGAAAUUGCAGACCUGGGUGCAGAAUAUUGGCGAGGAGGUUGAGGAGAAGAUUAUGGCCAUGCAGAUAAUGAAGCAUCGGAGGAGCGAGGGGAGACAACAGCAGACGAGGGAGUUUUCAACCUCAAAACAACAACACCGUAAUUCUAGUUAUCAUCGUCAUCAUCGCCAUCACCACGACCAACGCCUGGAUCCCUUGCGGCCUGAUUCCUGCGUGCGAUCGGGUCUGGAAAUUGGAUACAAUUACAAUGAUGCCGUCCAGAUGGAGGAGCAGCGACCUGAGACAUUGGUUCAGAACCAGGGAGAGGAGGAAUACUUCCCCUUGGCGGUCAUGCAGCAGCUCUUCUUUCGCUCAUCUGUAAACAGAGGUGCGGGGGAAUCUGUUGCCACCGGACCGGACUACCGCUUCAGCCAGAGUAUACUUUUGAAGGUCAAGGGUGAUGUCCCAUUGACCAACCAAGGAUGGGCGCAGGUCAUUGCGCCAGAAUCAAAUCGCGCCUACAGAUUCGAGCACAUUUUCGUAAACAGCGACGACGAUUUACUGGCAGUCAUUGACCAAGCCCAACAAUCCUUGAAUAUUUUCAAGGGUCCUGUCUUUGCAGUCAAGCACAUUAGAACUACAAAGAACAAGCAGCUGCUUUACCUUGCAGCUCACCACUUGGUAGUUGACUUGAUUUCGUGGAAAAUCUUGAUGCAUGACUUGGACGAGUUGCUUCGAGAGGGAACACUUGUUUCUGAGCCUUCAAUGCCAUUUACCUACUGGACCGACUAUCAAAGCUACGAAAAUAGCCAACGAUUAAUUGAGCCUAACCCUCCUUUUGACAUUGCCGCGGCGGACCUCGGAUACUGGGGACUGGAAGGCCACUCCAACUUGUAUGGUGAUACCACGCACCUAACCUUUGCGUUGCCUCGCGAUGUGGCCUCUACUCUGAGAAAGACCUGCAACAAUAUCUUUCGAACGGAGUCUGCAGAUGUAUUUCUUGCUGCCUUGCUGCAUUCUUUCCAGAGCACAUUCUCUGACCGCCCAAUCCCCACGGUCUGGAAGCAGGAGCAUGGCCGCGAUGCCCGAAACAGCGACUUCAAUGUCGCCGAGACGGUUGGAUGGUUUACCGCGCUCUGCCCAAUCAAUGUUCCUGUUCAACCCGGCUCAGACUUGAUUCAUCUGAUCAAACUGCUCAAAGAUGCCCGCAAAGCUGUACCGCAAAGCGCAACGCCAUUUUUCCAGUCCAAAUUUACAGCCGACGACACCGCCGGUACUUCGCUGCCCGUGGAAAUCAUGUUCAAUUGCGUCGAGACCCUCAACCAACUUCAGAGGGAAAACGGCAUUUUGGAACCUGUUGCCGCUCCUGAUCGUGAAGUCCGUUCAUUGUCCUCCGAUGUUGGGCCCGCGGUUGGUCGCAUAGCCCUGUUUGAGGUGUCUGUUGGCGUCGAUGACUACGGCGCCAGAGUAGAGUUUUCUUUCAAUGUGAACUCGAGGCAUCAGGACCGCAUUACCCAGUGGAUGCACAACUUUGAGCUUUCCAUCUUGGAUGCCAUCUCAUGCCUGAGUGCGAUGAAGCCCGAAUUGACGCUUUCCGAUGUUCCUCUGUUGGAAACAUCCUAUGAAGGACUGACCAAGCUGAUGUCAAAGCGGCUCGUCGAUGUUGGCAUCACCGGGGUAGAUAACAUCGAGACCAUCUGUCCCGUUGACCCCAUUCAACAAGAGAUUCUGAUUGCCCAAAGUUGCGAUCCCAAUUGCUUCCACCUUAGUCGCACAUACGAGCUCGCCACUGUGGAUGGAUCAGAGGUUUGUCGAGACACGCUCUGUGCUGCCUGGCAGACUCUUACCGCCACCCAUAGUGUCUUGCGAAGCAUUUUCAUUGAUAGUGUUUCGGAAAAGGGCCUGUUUGAUCGAGUUGUUUUGAAGAAAGUCUCGCCUGAUAUGCUGUUUAUGGACUCGAGUGAUCCCAUGGAAACCCUUUCAUCGCUGCCACCGAUGAAGUCGUCCAAGUCGUUGCCAAGACAUAGGCUUUCGGUAAGCCGCUCACGCAACACGGCGUAUCUGAGAGUCGAUUGCAGCCAGGCUCUGUGCGAUUUAACAGCCAUUCACAACCUGAUUGUUCAGCUCCGGGAGCUCUACAUGGGCCGAAGAUUGACCAUCGCCGAACCUUUACCCCCUCGACAUAACCGCCACAUCGCUUCCCUCGAUGCUCCCCGAAGUGUCGAGGUUUGGAGAUCGCAUCUCAAUGGUGCUACGCCAUGCACGUUUCCCAACCUCGCUAUCCAAAAGCAAGGACGUCUUGAAACUCGGGGCAUCGGUCUCGACAUCAGCCGCCCCCAGCUGUCGCAGUUCUGCGCAGAGAGCCAGUUGGACUUGUCUACCGUCAUUCAAUUGGCCUGGGCAUUUGUCCUGCGAACAUAUGUUGGCGAGGACCGCGUUAUUUUCGGAUACUCACAUGCCGGCAGAGAUGAAAUUCUCAUGCCUAACAUGAAGCGCUAUGUCGGCAGCUUGGCAACAUUUGUGCCAUGCUUGGUUGACUUUUCACCCAUGUCGAGCAUACUUGACAUCUUGUGGCAGUUGGAGAGAAUGGUCAAGGAUUCUCGAACGACUGAUGUUCCGACCUUGGCUGAGAUCGAGCACUCGCUUGGUAUUCAGGGACAGAGUCUCUUCAACACCUGUGUUACCUGCCAGGACGUUGACGACACCAUUUUGAGCGAUUCUGACUCGGACAGCGGCGUCUGGGAGCCCGUUUUACUUGCUAAUACCAUCGACGGGAAUUGCGAUGUCUCUCUUUGCGUCACCCUCCGCGACGACCGCAUUCAAGCGGAUGUCAGCUACACCUGCUUGUCCUCUAAUCAGCUUCACAAUGUGAUGAACACGUUCCAGCGUGCUCUGCAAAUCAUUAUCAGCACUCCCGCGCAGCUAUGCUCACAAGUCGACCUUUUCACGGAGCACGACCACCAGCAAAUUAUGCACCCUGACUGGGAAGAGGAGCAAACUGACACAAAAAUCUCCACCUGCCUGCACCAGCUCAUCCUUAGACAGUGCAGAGCCCGUCCCAAUUUCCCGGCUAUUUAUGCCUGGGAUGGCGAGCUGUCGUACCAGCAAGUCCAGGCCAGCGUCACCGCGCUCGCAACUUACCUCACCAAUAUUGGUGUCGGCCCUGGUGUUCUCGUGCCCAUUGUUUUGGAAAAGAGCCGGUGGUCCCCAAUUAUCAUGCUUGCCGUGAUGCAAGCUGGGGGCUGCUUUGUUUGCCUUGAUGCUCAGGACAUGCUCAUGGUUGAAGCUAUGAUCAACCAGCUUGAGCCUCAGCUUGUGGUUGUUACCGAGGGAGCCUACAAGCAUGUCAGCCAAUUUAUCCGAUAUUGUGUCAAGGUUAACGAGACCUUCCUCACGUCUCUGCCACCGCAAGUUUCUGUGUUUCCACAGGAACCUCUACCUCAGCAAGCAGCCUGUGCUUUCUUGGCUCCUGGUGCUGAGCGCCCAAAGGGUUGCUUCUUUACUCAUGAAUCGCUGUGCUCGAUUCUCUCGGUUCAGGGGCAAGCGUUGAAGAUUCAUAAUGCCAGCAGAGUCCUUCAAAUUUCGGCUUACACAGUCGACGUUGCGCUUGUCGAGAUCUUGGGAACUCUCCUCCACGGAGGCUGUGUUUGCAUUCCCUCGGCAUUGGAGCGAGUCAAUGAUUUGGAGGGUACCAUUGCCCGCAUGGACAUUACUUGGACAUAUAUGACGGCUGGCUUGUCGCGCAAGAUCAACCCAGCAAAUGUGACAAAUCUGCAGACUAUCUGCUUCCGCACAAGGACUCUUGAUGAGGAUACCUUCAAGCCAUGGCUUGGCACCAGGGAUGUUCUUCUUGCUUAUGGCGCUCCAGAUGUGUGCCCCCUCGCGAUCUCAGUGUUCAAUAUCUCCGAGUCGAGCGACACAAACAUUAUUGCACCACCACUGCUAGGUCGAUUCCUGAUUUUGAAUCCUGAAGACCCCAAGAAGUUCCUCCCCAUCGGUGCUGUGGGAGAACUGGCCAUUGACAGUCCCAUCGUUACUCCUCACAGAUAUGUGCAUGGUCGUCCUCUCAUGGACCCCGCGGCAUUCCAGCAGUUUCCAAGUGAACGAAAAUGGCGAUACAUGAGAACAGGACAUCGUGUGCGAUACUUGGACCGGGGACACAUUCGCUUCCUUGCGAGCAUGCGUGAUGAGGUACUGGUGAAUGGGUCACCAGCUUUGAUUGCUGUGUUGGAGAGACAAAUUCGACAAUGCCUCGGCGGAGAUGUAGAUGUGGCCGUGGAACCCAUCACAACGAAUGACACAAUCAACUCACUAGCUGCAUUCUUGGAGUUUGGCGAUGGUGAGUUUGUGGGACCAUCUGAACUGGACAAGUUGACAAUGCAGAUGAGAUCCAAGCUUGCUGCUGUCAAAUGGUUGGCGGAAACAUCCAUGGCUCAGGCGCCGAAAAUUGGCCACUCCUCAUGUGUUCCAACGCUGUUCAUUCCCGUUCGUCGAUUCCCGUUGUCGACGUCGCUCAAGAUCAACAGACGGAAGCUCCAGAAGCUGGUUGCUCCGUUUUCUUAUGCCGAGCUGCUGGAGCUGGCCAACGUUCCCUUCAGCACCCAACCCUACUUCACAGGCAUCCAGAGCAAGCCGCUUCCACUCACGCAAACUGAGGAGUCAAUGCGCCUCAUCUGGGCCGCUGUUUUGCAAGUGAUGGCCGCAGACAUCAAAGCAUCAGACAACUUCUUGGAUGCUGGUGGUGACAAGCUCCAGGCCAUGCGACUUGUUCUGUCAUGCCGUCAGAACGGGUUCGAUAUCGCCAUCAACAAACUCCUCGGCGGAACCACUCUCACGCAAAUGUGUCAGUCACUUGAGAUCAAAGAACACCAGCUUAUCAAGCCGAUGAAGGCCAAGGUUUCUCCCAAACCCAGCGUCGCCGUCCGCAAGUUACCCGAAGGAACAGACCACGGUUUCGUCAAGCUCAUUGUCGCACCUCAGCUCGACAUUCCCUGGAACGAUGUCAUUGACGUUGCUGAAGCAUCAUCACACCAGCUUCACUGCCUUGAACCUAGUCUAUAUGGACCUAGAAGCGAUGUACGCUGCCUUGUCAUCAACUUUAAUGGUGCAAUUCGGGCGCAGUGCGUUGAGGAGGCUUGUGAUGCCCUCACACGCUUGCACACUUCUCUUCGCACAGCUUUUGCGGUGCACGAUUGCAACCUGUUCCAAGUAGCCAUCGACUCCUUUCAAGCAGAGUUUGAACAAAAGACUGUCCCAGUCUUGGCCUUAGAAAAGGAGAUGCAGCAGGUCCUGAAGCGUUUCCAGAAGGAGGCACUGCAGCUGCGAAAGCCGGCCACCAAGUUUGCUUUGCUUGAUGCUGGACAGCAGGGUGCCAAGCUGGUCAUCCGAUUCAGCUAUGCGCAAGUAAGCGAGUCUGCUGUGCCAAGACUCGUACAGGAUUUCGUCAAGUUGUACGAGCAUCCCACAACCGAGCUUCGACGGACCUCGUUUUUCGACUACACUCGUGCUCUGCGGGGAGCUCGCUAUGAUGACAGCAUGUACUACUGGCGACGAAGACUCGAGAAGUCCAAGGUCUCUCAAGUCGUUCCUCGAUCUAAGCCGCUUCCUCCAGUUUCAGAAGUCAAAUCUAUACAGGAGCAAGUCAAGAUUUCGCCACUCAACGAGUUUGGAAUCACGUUCGACAGCGUUCUCAAGGCCGCGUGGGCCAUGGUCAUGGCUACGCUCUCUGGCAACCCAGACGUUGUCUUUGGAGAAAUCGUCGAGGGCCGUCGUCUCAAGCUGGAGACAAGCGUAGAUGUUUCAUCCAUCGCCGGUCCCAUGGAGAACAUCGUCCCCAUCCGUGUGCGGUUCCCCAUUGUCAAUAGUUCGCCACUGCAAGUUCUCCAACUCAUUCAGCGCGACAGCGCAACGUCACUUCCCUACGAAGCAAUGGGCGCACAAAAGAUUGUUCAAGAAUGCACAGACUGGGCCAACUGGUCUCGAUUCAGCACCGUCGUGCGACACAGAUCCCAGGUCCCAGUCGACGGAACCACGACUCUCAACAUUGACAACACAACAUUUACCUACAAUCUCCUCCAGCCACAGAUUCGGGAUGUCCCCGACCUCUUUGUCAGCUCAACAAUGCUGUCACCAGACAAGGUCUCGCUCAACAUUGAAUUCUCCCCAGACCGAGUGCCAGAGCAAUUCGCACAAGCAGCAAUGGGCCUUCUCGUCGCAUCUGUCGAAACCCUCGCCUGCUACGACACCAUCAGCCAGCCCAUCCUCCAGCCCUCAAGUGACUACGAGUCUCUCCAGCCGCGAGUCCUGCUCGAGAGGCCAGAGCCAGACGUCAACCAAGUCUCGUACUCGCACUGGCUCACCACCGAGCAGCGCGACCUCCUCCAGCAAUUCCUCAUGUCCAGCUGGAACGAGCUCCUCCACCCAGCAACACAAGGCAUCUCCGAGCGAGACCUCAUCCAGUCUCGCUUCUACGACAUCUCCGGCUCCCUCCUCCCCGCAUACCUCUUUGCCCAACGCCUCAACCAAGACCUGCGCAAGGUCGAAAUCGAAGGCAUCCACACCGUACACAUCACAGCCGUAGAAGUCAUCACCGCACCCACCAUAUCCAGCCAAAUCGACCUCAUCACCCGCAAGAUGCAGGCCUCGGGCUUCCUCUCCAAACCGGGUCGCAAAAAGCCAGUCGUCAGCUUUCACGCCGGCUUCACGCCCACCAAGACAUCCUCAUCAAACUGGGCGCUUCUUAACAAGGGCAAAGGCCACCUCCGCCGGUUCCGCCACGGCGGCAGCCACGGUUCCGUGAAGGACUUUUCCUCAAAGGCAGGCGGCUGGGUCAAGUCGCGCGUCAAUCUCAGCAAAGAGCGCAGCCCUAUCAUCGCCGAAGGCGCCAUCAGCGAAUCAUCCAGCUGGGAAGCCAUCAACCACGACAGCCUGGGCAUCAAAGACGGCAGUGGCAUGCAGACUGUGCCCGAGGCGGCUGUGGAAAUCGGCACGAGCGCAGUCGUCCCUGACCAGCGCCAUAAUAACGGUGACGUGAGCCCCCUGAGCGGCGAGUCACCCCGUGCCAGUUGGAAGGAGGAGUUUAGAAACGCGAGCAGAUCCAUCUCUCCGCGAUCAUGGAUGGGUCACUAA